AUGUUCUUGAAUGCCACUGGAGUGAUCAUGACCACCAUGAAGUUGAAAGACCAGUUACCAGCAGUGGAGAUAGCGUUUGCUGGAGCUCUGAUACUCAAUGGACAUAGCCAUGGUAAGUGCUUGACCGGCAGCUCCAAACAACAUCAAUUUCCGUCUUCCGAAUCUCUCAAUCACAUAGAAUGGAAUCCAAGAGGCAAUGAAGUAUUCGGUACCGUUACAGGCAGCAAGCACACGGGAGUUGAAGGCGUUCAUUCCAAUGUAGUUCUCAAAAAUAGUACCCGCAUAGUAUGUGAUCAAAUUGAUACCGGUGAUCUGUUGGAAGAUUUGGGCCCACAAUCCCAACAUCAGUCUGUGGAAGUUUCUAUGUUCACCUUGCACGAAAAGCUUUCUGUAGUUGAAGCUGUCACCACCUUCCAGGUGCUCCUCAGACAAAGACUGUUUCACGUCAUGGACCUGCAUUGCGACUUCCUCACUAGACAAGUGGGCACCGUCCAAAGCAGCAAACACGUAUCUAGCUUCUUCAACACGGUUCUUCUUGAUCAACCAUCUUGGGGACUCUGGGAGUCUCAAAGUGAAAGGAAGAAUAAUCAAUGGGAAGAUCAUUUGGAAGCCAACGGGGAAUCUCCAAGAAAUGGCACCUUUAGUGAAGUAAAAGCCAAAGUCAACCCAGUAAGAGAUAGCAAUACCACCGGUGAUCAAAGCACCAGAAAUCAUCACAAGACUUCCUCUUCUUUCUGCUCUCGAGCAUUCUGCCUGCCACAUUGGAAUAGUACUGGUAUUCAUACCGUUACCGAUUCCUGUCACAAUACGGCCGACAAUAAGAUGACCAACAGUGUAGGCAGAGCACUGAAGAAUAGCACCAACAAUCAUAAUGAUACACCCGAUAAAAAUACAUCUAAGUCUUCCAAGCUUGUCUCCAAGGUAGAUCGUAGAGAGCGCACCAGCAAGACAACCAAUUUCGUAAACAGCGAUAGUGAAUCCUUGCAUGGUGUCAGCAUUUGGAUGUCUCUGAGUGUCAAUAGAAGGGAACGUGUUUUUGAAAGAAUCCAAUGUCAACAGCGAUCCCAUAACACCUUGGUCAUAACCAAAUAG